AUGUCUCGUAAAGGGUUGAUGGAGCAGGAUCUGAGUAAGCUGGAUGUGACUAAGUUGCAUCCGCUAUCACCUGAGGUCAUCUCCCGGCAGGCCACGAUCAAUAUUGGUAUGUAAGAUUAUCACCCAGCUUGAAGUACUUUGCUUCGAUUUAUUCUUAAAUCUUGUUUUCCCUUCUUUUAAAAGUAGCGUUCCUUUCAGUGUAUUUGAUAAAUUUAUUGUUUGAAAAGUCGAAUAGGUAAGGACUAUGCUCCCACAUGGAUUGCACUGCUUACUGGAGAGGUUCCUAGAUCUUAAGGAUCUCCACAUCCUCUUACGGAAUUAUCCAGUGUGAAACUAUGGAUGAGCUUGAUUUCCUUUUGAAUUCGUCUUAUUCACGUUGAGUGGAUGACUGUAACGAUAUUGAAUCUAAUUUAUAUAUAGUCUCGUGUUGUAGCUCGUGCUAGCUAUGCUCUUCUCUUUGUAUUGGGUUGACAGACCAAGAAGUGGCGUUGUCUUGUUUAUCUGAGAAUUAGGGAAUGCAUUUUCAUUGACCCUAUUUGCAGUUUUGGCUGAUAAACGUUUCUCAUUUACGAGGAUAUCAUUUCUUUCUAAAGAAAGUGCAGUAGCACGGUCAUGAAAUUGCGCAUGCAGUGUGUCUCUUGGAGAAGGCAUUUAAAGGAGUGGUGCUAUGGUGGAAUUAGUGACCUUGUAGAGAGAUGAAAGAGAAUUUAUGGCAUAAAUGGUAGAAUAGAGAGCAGGAAUGCCAAUUACAGAAGGAGAACAGAAAUGCAGAUAGAACGCACAGAAGAAAUCUCAAAAAGUUUUCAAAAAGGACAGGCACGAAAAAAAAAAUGCUUACAAGGCGUAAAAUAAACUGGGUUAUCAAUACAACCGCCACAAGAACUGUUAACAUCGGGUUUAUGCUUAUUGGAGACCAUAUUUUCUCGGCCAUUGCUAUUGCUGAUGGGGUUAGUAGAGAGCAUAUCGGUGUAUUAGAUAAUCACAUGGGGAUGCGUGUUGGUCUUGGCAUGGAUAGAAUAGAUGACGAAGAGACCUUUCUUUAUUUGCUUUAUAUUUCCACUUUUUCUUCUGUUGUCUGUACUGCUCAUUAAAAUUUUUGGUAUGUCAAUUCUGCUUUCCCUCUUCUGUAAGCAUCCAUUUGAAUACAUGCCCUUGUCCUUUUUCUCCCAUGUGAAUCCUUUAUCUGAGAAGUAGGUGUCUUUUCAAAAAGUUCGUUGUUAACAUCAUUUGGGUGCUCUGCCCACAAUUUUCCCAUAGGAAACGAUAUAUAGUUCUUGUGCUUUGGAAAAAUAAUCUAAGUCAGUGACCAGAAAAAUUAUAAAUGGUGUGGGAAGGGAAAAUAACUUGUCCAUAACCUGGCAGAAAAUAUAAGUGUGGGAACAAUUAGGACAUGGGGCAUUCUGAUUUGGGAUCAAAAUUGGUAAGUGUCAUUUAAAUAAGAAACUUUUCCAGCCUAUGAGCAAGGUCUUUUUUAAAAAAAUCUUGGUAUUAUUAGCUUGGCUCCUCACCCUAUGAUUUGUUGCUUUCCAUUUUCAGUUUAUACAUUGCUGGAGCAAACACAAAACUUAAUUAAGUGAACUAUUAUUUAUAGAAUGUAUAUUUAUGCGUAAUCUUUGGUUGACGAAUGCACAAAUACUCUCUCACUCUCUCUUUAUUUUCAUCCUAGUGCCUCGAAUUAUAUCAUCAAGUAGGAAAACAUGAAUAACAUGAGAGUUGUAUAUACAGGAGGCGAACGAGUUUCUUGGGCUUAUAGUCAUCUGACAUAUUAAAAGGUUCCAACCAUGGUUCCAUUUUUUUUGAAAUGUCUUUCAUGUAUUAUAUCAGAAAAAAAAGGUUCUUGGCCUCUGUUUUCUUUCGACAUAAAAAGAAGCAAAACCAUUGUAACUUCUUGAAUAUUUCUCUUAUCUCUUAUCUUACAGUUUUCUUUGGCAUAUUCUUUCCUGCCAAUGAUCUAGAUGAUUUUGUUCUCUUUAGCUCUUGGUAUUUUUCUACUGUUUAAAUUUAUUUGUAUUUUCCGUAUCCAGGUACUAUUGGCCACGUUGCCCAUGGGAAAUCUACUGUUGUAAAAGCAAUAUCUGGUGUGCAGGUAAAUAUGAACUAAUGUGCAUUUACCUGAUGAUUUCUUCAUUUUCAUCCGGCAUUCAUUCUGUUUUGCUUAUGUCAAGGUUCCUUCUGUCUCAAAUUAUUCCAGGUUUUGGAAAGAUACAGUAUUACAGGGACAUGGAACCUUUGGAGACAAUUAUGAACCUAUCUUCUGGUCUUUUCUUAAUAGAUAACACAAUAAUUAAUCUAAAAAAUUCAGGCAAAUAAAAGUGUCGAACCUAUUUUUGAGAGUUUUUGGGCAUGAUAAUACACGGUGAUGGAUUUACAUGUUUUUUUUGUUCAGUUAAUUAAUUUUGGUAUUGUUACUUUAUCUGAUAACUACAGUUAAAUUCAUCACCCUUUUCCACUUCUUUGGGGAAAAAAGUGGUUGGAACUUGUAUAAGAAGCAUGGGGCUUGAGUAUCCAAUUCUGAGUUGGUGCACUUCAUGAAAUUUUUUCAUGAAGAGUUCUAAAAUUGCAAUAUUAUAGUUUUGACUUGUUCUAAAGUUCUAUCUCAGCUUGAACAAUAUCUUAUCUCAGUAUUGCAUGCACCUAAGGUUGUUAGCAUGUCCUCCUUAGGAAGGGAUAGGAUGGCCCAGUAAAUAAAAGAAGCAGAAAAUUUCUGACGUUUCCCUAAGAAAAGAAUGGUUAGGUAGAAAUGGAAGGGGACAAUGAUUAUAGCACUAGAGAUGCCCUACAAUAUAGGUAGCAAUGGAAGGGGACAAUGGUAGUUGUCAAUUCCUUUUGUAUUUGAUAGAAACUGCUGUCAGAGCUUACGUUUUCUUGGCCUUUGGUUUCAUUUUGUUAACGGUUGAAAUCAGGGUAGAUUGCCAGUUAUAGAAUUUCACCGUAAGAAAGAUAUUGGGUCACCGAAAACGAGGUGACAUUUGAUUUUAAAAUGAGGAAAUUAUAUGAUUGCAAUUCCGUCAUCUACCCGUAUACAUCAAUGAUGUUCGACCAUAUCAAUGAUGAGAAUACUGUUGCUAAGGUUUGAUGCUAGACACAGUACAGAAAUACGUGGUUACUUAUAUGGGCAUACAGGACAAUUUGUACAUGAAGUUUUCAAAUUAUUUAUUUCCGCCCGUAAAAUUCAGAUCAGUAUAUGGGCCAUGCUUUACACUAUUGAAAACAUUUGUUUUUAGGUUCUCAAUAAAAUGUGCACUGCGAAUGAUCAACUCGGUGAUUAUAUUUACUUUAGACAAUUUCGUUUUAGCAUGAUCUACAGUAUUCUCAUCUGUGGUAUUCGGCUUUAUAUUAUGAAGAUAUCUAAAUGUUGUUCGUGACAAUUUGUAGACCGUGCGUUUCAAGAACGAACUUGAGCGUAACAUUACUAUCAAGCUCGGAUAUGCAAAUGCAAAAAUAUAUAUAUGUGAAGAUGAUAGGUGCCCUCGGCCCAUGUGCUACAAGUAUGGUGAAACACAAGAAAAAUGCUGUCAAUUGUGUUUAUUUGACGUUCUGGUUCCAAGCUGAAGUAUGUUUUGCAGGGCAUAUGGAAGUGGAAAAGAAGACAGCCCUUCAUGUGAUGUAACCGGAUUUGAGAACGCUAGAAUGAAGCUAUUGAGACAUGUUUCUUUCGUGGAUUGUCCUGUAUGUGCUUAAUCUAUAAUUGAAUUUUCCGUGGUUCAGAUUCAUACACAGCAACUUGAUGAUUUCGAUUCUAAUUUAUAGUGUUUAUUAUCGAUUUUAUGGUGUUAUAAUUUUGGUUUCAAAGUUACGUAUUUGAGGUUCUUUGACAUGUAUUCGUGGUUAUUAGUCACUUAGACAAUGCCUGUUCUCGACUCCUUUUUUAUUUGAGGUUAACCUAAUAUUUAUGUUCACUGACCAUUUGUCACAUGAUGGUUUGAUCAAUAUUCAGACGAAGGAAAAACACUGGUUCUUAAUGCCGAGAUUUUUUUUGAUUUACCAUAUUCUUGUGUUUGUGAUGCAGUACUGAUUUAAUCGAUGAAUUUCCAUGUGUUAUUGACAUUGGAACAGUCAGCAGAAUUCCAUGUUAUUAUGCUACAUCCAAUGUAUUGAUCAUCCUGGGAAAAGGGAAAGCAUGGAGUUUCUUGUUGAUAGCACUCUUUUUUGGUGAUUGGGAGCUGCAGUUGAUCUAUGAAACGUGGUUCUGAAUUAUGUUCCAAUGUUUGAUAACUGUCACUUUGUGCCUUGAUUAUUCUUCUUUUGUUUUAGCUGUUGUUGGGCAGUGUCUUUUAAAUAUAUAUAUAUAGGUUUUGUGUGCUAUGAGAUGGUUCCUGAUUUAUCGUCUCUUUGUCUAAGUUGAUAGGGAACAGUAUAAAUUGAUUCACAAUGCAGUGUAAUACUUUGGAACCAAGUUUUUCUCUUCCAAUUUUAUGAUCUUUAAUCUACUUCAAUAGGGCCACGAUAUUCUCAUGGCAACCAUGCUCAAUGGAGCUGCAAUCAUGGAUGGAGCACUAUUGUUAAUUGCCGGAAAUGAAAGUUGCCCACAACCCCAAACGUCUGAGCACCUAGCUGCGGUUGAAAUCAUGCGCCUGAAGCAUAUAAUCAUUUUACAAAACAAAAUUGAUCUUAUCCAAGAAAGCGUCGCAAUCAACCAGCAUGAAGCAAUUCAGAAUUUUAUUCAGGUGAGUCUUUUUUAGAUCAAUUUGAUGUCUUGGUUUUUCCCUAGUCUGAUAUCCGAGAGGUUCUCAGGGUACCAUCGCUGAUGGGGCUCCGGUUGUACCUAUUUCCGCCCAGCUGAAGUAUAACAUUGAUGUUGUCUGUGAGUACCUCGUUAACAAAAUCCCCAUUCCGGAGAGGAACUUUGUUGCACCCCCAAACAUGAUAGUCAUUCGCUCUUUUGAUGUGAAUAAGCCUGGAUAUGAGGUUGAUGAAAUAAAGGGUGGUGUUGCUGGAGGAAGCAUUCUUAGGGUAUGUGCCUUCCUUUCACUCUUGGUCUUUGCCAGACCAAGUGGAAUUCUCCUUAUGUUAAAUACUGUCGAAAUAUCUAUAUGCCCUCACCGAAAGCAAAAUGUUCCUUUUUCAGGGUGUUUUGAAGGUGAACCAGUUUAUUGAGGUCCGUCCUGGUAUAGUAGUUAAGGAUGAGAGUGGUAACAUCAAGUGCACCCCAAUUUAUUCAAGAAUCGUCUCAUUGUAUGCAGAGCAAAAUGAACUUCAAUUUGCAGUUCCAGGGGGUUUGAUUGGAGUGGGUACUACAAUGGACCCCACUCUAACCCGUGCUGACAGACUAGUUGGUCAAGUUCUUGGCGAAGUUGGUUCAUUGCCUGAUGUCUUUGUCGAGCUCGAGGUACGGCACGACUUCUUGUUUCUAUUAAACCUCGUCGUUACCCUCCUAUUUCCAAGGUUUAAUCAUAUCAACCUGCCUCGAGGAUCACUGUGUUAAUUCCAUUCUAGCAUUUGUGUUGUUGAUGGUAGAUGUCUCGUCUGGUUGUGUAUCAUGUGUACGCUCUGAGUACUGUCACAUUCGAAAGGGUAUUAAAAACCCUACGGUUCAAUUCAUGGGCUUACUCCAUUCAUCCUCGACGUGCUACUCCUUUCCAUUGUCCUGGCGUCGAAGCUUCAAAAAAGCACAGCAUGCAUUUUAGCGGCUGCUUGAUAAUAAGGCCAGUAUUGGUUGACAGCUUCAUUGCAUAAAAGAACUCACUUCCACUAGAGAGUAUGUUGGUCAUGCAUUCAAAGAAAUGUUGGAAAUCUCGGGUGUAAUAAAUGGUUAGACGGCCCAAAAUGAUAUUUCAGUCAGCUGCAUUCCACCUCUGAUAUCUGCAUGACAAGACUUAAAAGUAGCCAUAGAUUGGAAAUCCUGUGUGUAAUGGAUCGGCCUGGUCCACUCAUUAGUAAUCGAUUUUGACUUAUAGAUAGACGCUGCCCUGUUUCCUUCAUCAUCAUAUUAGAGUCAGGUUGCAUUCAUUCUACCGCUAUCAUCCAGAUUAACUUAGUGAAGAAUGGACGCUGGAAAUCAUGUGGUUGUUCUACGGGAUGAUCCACCAAUUUCGGGUCUUGUUAAAAUUUGAUGGCCGAAUGCUUUAAGGUUGACAUUUGUCGACAUGUUAAUGCUUGCUGUGCCAUUUUGUCAACUGUUAUUCACUUUUCAGGUCAAUUUCUUCCUCCUCCGGCGGCUGCUAGGAGUGAGGACGAAGGGUUCAGAAAAGCAAGGAAAGGUCUCGAAACUGGCGAAGGGGGAGAUCCUGAUGUUGAACAUAGGGUCCAUGUCGACGGGUGCCAGGGUGGCUGCUGUGAGGAAUGAUCUUGCUAAAUUGCAGCUUACUGCGCCUGUUUGCACGAGCCGAGGGGAGAAGGUGGCCCUGAGUCGCCGAGUGGAGAAGCACUGGCGGCUCAUCGGCUGGGGUCAAAUUCAAGCUGGAGUUACUCUGGACGUCCCACCCGCACCUUUUUAA